GUGUGAGGCGAGCAGGAUUGAAGUCUUGGCGAUUUUAAAGCGACGCGAUUAAACAUCCGCUCAGCACGCCUGAAGAUGUUUCGCAGGAAGCUCGCUGCUCUCGAUUAUCACAACCCCACUGGGUUUAACUGCAAAGAUGAGACAGAAUUCAGGAACUUCGUAGUCUGGCUUGAGGAUCAGAAGAUCAGACACUACAAGAUUGAAGAGCGGGGGAACCUGAGGAACAUACACAGCCCUGAGUGGCCAAAACACUUUGAGAAGUACCUGCAGGAUGUUGCCAGCCCCUUCACUGUGCUGGAGCGGCAGGAGGCUGUGGACUGGCUGCUGAGCCUGGCAGUGCGCUUCGAGUAUGGAGACAAUGCGGACAAAUACAAGAACUGCCAGCCUCGCGCAGCCGUGGAUAACACUCGGACCCAGUCGGACCCACUCAUCCACCUGGACAUCAAUAACCCUGAUUUUAAGGCAGGCGUGUUGGCUCUAGCCAAUCUCCUUCAGAUCCAACGCCAUGACGACUACCUGGUAAUGCUAAAGGCUAUUCGAAUUCUGGUUCAGGAACGCUUGACUCAAGAAGCCAUAGCAAAGGCAGGCAUGUCCAAAGAGGGUUUGCCGGUCGCCCUGGAAAAGCACCUGCUUGGCUUCGAUACAGGAGACGCCACUCUGAAUGAGGCAGCCGCGAUCCUGCGCUUGCUGCACAUCGAGGAGCUGAGAGACCUGCAGACCCGGAUCAACGAGGCCAUCGUGGCCGUGCAGGCCAUCAUCGCCGACCCCAAGACUGACCACCGGCUGGGCAAAGUGGGCAGAUGAGGACUCGAGGCUCCGCUCCGCUCACUUGCUCUUCUUUGUUGGAAUUUGCAUUUCAUGAUCUUGUUACUUUUUUUUUUUCUUGUUGAAGAAAACCAUCUUCCAGCACACAAUGUUGUUUGCAUUGGACUAUGAUUUAAAUAUUUAAUUUAUAGUAAGUGAAACCUGAUCUGGAAGGUGAAUCAGCCAGAGGGUCAAAUAAAAUAAAUAAAUGUGA